GAAGGCACCACUCCAACUGCCCUUGGCGACAGUGGCGAGCCUCCUCCUUCCCACUAACUACACGACCACACCUCGCCCCUCAACCCCUACCAAACUAGCGCAGCCUCUCCAUAACUGCUGCUCCACCUCCUGCUCCCGGAGGGAGCCGCCAUUCUCCGUCGAUCUCCUCCAGGCUCCGGCGCUGCCUCGCCCGCCCAUGGCCGCCUCGGGCUCGAACCCGGACAGCAUGGACACCGACCCUCCCGGCGGCCUCUCCAUCGCCGUCGAGCGCAACCCGCCGGAGUCCCGCCUGCUCCAGCUCGGCGUCCGGUCCUGGCCCAAGUGGGGUUGCCCGACGGGGAAGUUCCCGGUGAAGUUCGACGCGCGGCAGACGUGCUACCUGCUCAAGGGCAAGGUGCGGGCGCACAUCAAGGGGUCGUCGGAGUGCGUGGAGUUCGGCGCCGGCGACCUCGUCGUCUUCCCCAAGGGGCUCAGCUGCACUUGGGACGUCGUCGCCGCCGUCGAUAAGUACUACAAGUUCGACUCGUCCUGACUCGAUCAGCCCGCUCGCGAUUCCCGCCGAUUGAUUACUGGGCUGUGCCCUAGCUUAAUUGCGUUGAUUAGCCUAAUUCUGCUGCUAAUUUGCUUACCUAGCUUUGUGCCUAGUACCUCUAAUCGUCUCCUGUGCCGUGUAAAAAAAAAUGAAAUUGGUGGUGCAGGGCCGGGCAUCUAGCCCUCUGUCGUAGGCCAGUGGUAAUCCAUCCGGGAACUGCAGAAAAACCGGUCAAUGCAGGGCCUGUUCAAAGUAUUCUUGUUUAUUCCUCCGAGUGCAAUCCAUUUUGAAUGCUUCUUUGACCA